CGGUUACCAAGGCAACUGGGUGGCGCCUGCACUAGCGGGAAGGAGGCGUACAUCGAAUUUUCUCUGCUAAACUGAGAGAUUUGAGGAGUGGCCUUCCCUGAGCUUCCAGCCCCGGAGACCACGGCCUCUGCUCCAGGCUGUACCCCUGCCCCUGGGGGCCAUGGGCCGGAUUUCGGGGCUCGUGCCCUCUCGUUUCUUGACGCUCCUGGCGCAUCUGGUGGUCGUCAUCACGUUAUUCUGGUCCCGGGACAGCAACAUCCAGGCCUGCCUGCCUCUCACGUUCACUCCCGAGGAGUAUGAAAAGCAGGACAUUCAGUUGGUAGCAGCACUCUCUGUCACUCUGGGCCUCUUUGCAGUGGAGCUGGCCGGUUUCUUCUCGGGAGUGUCCAUGUUCAACAGCACCCAGAGCCUCAUCUCCAUUGGGGCUCACUGUAGUGCAUCUGUGUCCCUAUCCUUUUUCAUAUUUGAGCGUUGGGAGUGCACCACAUACUGGUACAUUUUUGUCUUCUGCAGUGCCCUCCCAGCUGUCACUGAAAUAGCAUUAUUCAUCAACGUCUUUGGGCUGAAAAAGAAACCUUUCUGAUACUUUCAUGGCCAGAAGUAGGAAUAAAGGCUGGAGGAGCGAAGAACGACUCACCGUUUCUGGAAGAAGGAAACCACGGGCUUCAGCUCUCCCCCUAAAUCUCCAUUUGGUGGAGAAUGUCAUUGUUGGUGUUUGGGUAAUUAUCUCUCGAGUCUGAAAUUAUCUGCGUUUUGUUUGUAGUUCUUUUUAAUGAAAUAUAUUUUAGGAUAAGAUCAAGAUUUAAAAAAAUUUCAGGGGAGAAUUGGGGUGGCCAAAGUACUAGAGAAGCGGAAAUCAGUUUUUCAGCCUUACAGACUGUAAGAUAAUAGGUAUCGCUUUUAUUUUAGUUAUUACGGUAGCGGUCUGGCGGAAGAGCGUGGGCGGAGACAUGUAAAUAAUUUGGUGCGUGUAUGUUAGGGCACCCAGUUCGUGAGUGGAGCAUUCUGGGAGGAGUUCACUUAUCCUUUUUUGGCAGUCAAGUGGAAAAACAGACUUUAACAAUCUGCAAAUUAGUGUAACAACAGAAAUGGAAGAACCUAAGUACCUUGUAGUUUGCUGCGUUAUUACUCACCCUUACUAAUAGUGGGGUCUUUUCCCCAGAGUAUUGACUGCCGCAGAUGAGCAUGUUAUCGUCAGGUAGGAUAAUCCUUACCUGUUCCUCCGUUUGGAGGGCAGAAUAGAAUAUGAUGAUUGGAGCUCGCAUGAUUCGUGAUUAACGGCUCUGCGUGAUCAGGACUUGCAACACCCUGAUUGCUCCUGUCUGAUUCUAACUGGCGAUCAUUACUCUUAUUUACGUUUUUGACAGACAGUGUAUUGUUAUCACGGUUGUUCCGUGCGUGGUACGUAGGAGAGGUGGGCUUUGUGUGAGCAUUUAGGAAAAAUUGUUACUAUUUUGUAUAUAGUAGCUAGCGAUGCUUAUGUUCUACUUUGUUACAGGAAGAAUGUUUUCAGGAUUGUUUUCUAGAGAAGGUUCUGUGAAUAAUUUUCACCCCCCUGGCUAUUCUAACUAAGCAAAAGGCUUCCAAGGAGGUGCUUUCUGAUUGUGCUCCUCAGGUCAUUCCUCCACGCAGAUAACGUUCUGUCUCUUCCGACAGCCUUUCGUUUUGAGUAUUCAUUCAGUGAGUGCUUACUGAGCAUAUACUAUAUGCAAAGCACUGUAGUAGGUACUUAGUGAAUAUGACCCAUAACUCUGCCCCCACCAUCACAGAUAUCAUGGUUCAUGGAGACAGACACGAAGCGAUUUAUGGUACUCCCAGAGUAAUUUAAUAGCAAAUUGUGAUACAUGCUACAAAGAAGACUUACAGAUGCUGUAGAGUAAGGAUUCAUUUGCUAAAUGUGGCAGGAGUAUUGCUCCUACAAGAUCAGUCUGAGUGAGGUCCUGGAGUGUGGCUUCAGCAGAGAGGUAGGGGAGCAGAUUGUUCCCGAGGCAAGAAAGGUGGACAAUACGGGCUAUGGUUACAGGCUUGAUAAGGAAAGUCACAUUCCACUGCAAUCUGGCUUUCACCACACCCAGUGAUGUGCUCUAUUAACUUGUGAAAACUGAUUGUUUUUCAAAAACAUUGUGGACUGGUUGUUAAAUACAAUUAUCAAAAAUUAAACCAUGUAAUCUUGCAAUUAAAUACAUUUUUAAACAGAGAGAAUAAAUACUCAAAACUCUUUA